AUGUACAGCAGCACACUAAUUCUCGUUCUUCUCUCGGCGACAGCGAUCGCAUUACCCAUCACUCGUCGGGAUGCUGCGCCUUCUUUUCUGAUCAACGGAGAUGCGCCCUUCACCGUUGAUGCCGCUACUCUAGCUGCCUCACUUACGUGUCCAAAUGGCAAUCCGAGCAGCAAGUCUCCGCCGGUCUUGCUGGUUCAUGGCACAAGCACUACUGGUGCAGAGAGCUGGGGCCAAGGCUAUGUACCGGCUUUGGCGGCCAACGGCUACACAGCAUGCUAUCUUACAUUGCCGGGUCGAGCCAUGGGCGACAUGCAAGUCAGCGCUGAAUACGUUGCAUAUGGUUUACACUACAUCUCGAGCCUAGCAGAUGGUGCCCAAACUUCAGUCAUCUCACAUAGCCAAGGUGGCCCCCUCACACAAUGGGCUCUACAAUUCUAUCCGAGCACGAAAGCUGUCACCAGCACUCUCGUCGCGCUUUCACCCGACUUUACUGGGAUUCAAGUGGGUGGUGGUAACCUCAGCGACUUCUGCAUCGGCAACUUGUGCCAAUCAUCGAUCUGGCAGCAGAGCGCAGGUAGUCACUUCCUCACUUCGCUGGGCAGCCACGGCUUCCAAGCUCAAGUUAAAACUACAUCUAUCUGGUCAAAAUUCGAUGGAGUGGUCUCACCAGCCCAAGGAAACGCUAAUCUGCCUUCCGCGACCGUCGUCGCUGUUCAGGAUCUGUGUCCACUACGGCUGGUAAGCCAUGUCUUUAUGACCAUCGAUGCCGCUGCCUUCGCUCUCGCGCUUGAUGCGCUCCAGCAUGGAUCGGCGGACUUGAUGCGAGUGCAGAGCCAGAUUUUCAGUGUCUGCUUUAGGAUCGCUGCGAAGAAUAUGCAGAUCAGUGUGGCGAACCAGGUUCAGGCGGCUUGGGACGACGCUAUAGACGGAUUUGUAUUGGGCUCACCACGGGUGACACAGGAGCCAGGAUUAAUGGCAUAUGCUCAGUAG